UGUACAACGUUGUUGUGAGCCUGGUUAUUUAAUGAUUUGAGUUAGAGUUUUUGUUUGUCUUAUCUUCCUUCAGCAUGGAAAAAAACACCGCUCCCGACGUCCCGUACACCUACCUUUUUUAUUCCGGGCAGGUUUAUGAUAAUCAGCCUGUCAGAGUCGUGAGCUCCUGUCGUCUGGACAUUUAUUUGUUUCCAUUUGACAUCCAGAACUGCACUUUUACCUUCAACUCAUACAUACACAGCAUUUACGACAUAAAGCUUGAUAAUCUGACAUCAGCUGAGGAAAUACUUAAAAACUCUCAAGACUCAAUGACGACAAUGGGUGAAUGGGAGUUAAUUGGAAUAAAAUCCGAACUCAAGCGGAUAGAAACGUUGGAUGGAUUUGCUUACGAUGAGCUUCACUUCUAUAUCUCCGUCCGGCGCCACCCCAUCAUGUAUGUGGUGAACCUCCUGAUGCCCAGCUGCUUCCUUAUCACAGUGGACCUCUUCAGCUUCAUGCUUCCUGCACAGGACAUAGACCGAUCCUUGUUUAAGAUGACAUUGGUCCUGGGCUACACUGUCUUCCUGCUCAGCACAAACAACCUGCUGCCCAUCACUGGAAACACCAUUCCUCUCAUAAAUGUGUUCCUGUCUCUCUGCCUGAUUCUGAUGGUUUCCAGUAUGAUGGAGGCCAUCUUGAUUACAAAUUUCCUGCGCGGCUCAGCUCACUAUGCUCCACCUCCUUGCUGGGUCAGAAAGUAUGUUAUUGGCGUUUUGGGUCAGAUAGUUCGACUUCCUGCAAAGACCUCCCAACAAGGAGAUACAGUGAUAGAAAACCCAAAUAAACAAGAAAUGGAGGAUUUGUCUCAAGUGGCUGAGGAGAACGAGAAGGAGCAGCAGAAUGAGGACGAGACGGUGGAGGUGUUGAAGAACCUGGGCAGCGACCUUCAAGUCAUCCACCUCCAGGUCCUGCAGCAUUUAAAAGCAACUCCUAGCUAUGAGGAGUGGAUCCAGUUCGGUCUGGUCAUAGACCGCCUGCUCUUCAUCUUCUACAUCAUCUUCAUCACCGUCAGCUUCAUCAGCAUCAUCCUUAUCUGGGUGAACUCAUAUAAAACCUAACUUAUCUAAAAGAGUUGGUUUCAGAACUUUCAUCUAAAGGGCUCCUUAAUCAUUUAAAAAUAAUUAUGUUUGGAAGCAAAUUAAACUCAUUAGCUAGAUUUAGCCUUUUUCUCUGAUUCUGUUAAAUAAUCUGUUGGAUUAAAAUGUUUGUUUUACAUGUUUGAAUCUUUUUCAGAGAUGUAAACUAGUUACUAAAACAACAAGAUGACUUUUAUAUUACAAAAUGUUGUAUGUGCAUCAAUAUUAUUAUAUUUGCAUUAUUUAUUUUCAUUAAAAUAAAUGUGAAUACAUCCCACAGGCCACCGAUUAGACAGCAUGUAACUGAUUUGUUACUGUAUUUAAAAUAAAGUUUCCUGCUCAGUUUGU